AGCCCUCAAGACAACAACUGCAGUAUGGUCUCUCAGCCAGCCAGCCUAUAUCAGGGAAGUAGCUCACCUCCCAAAGGUCAGCACUAUUCUAUUCGCUUCUGAACUUCACAGAACAGCUGCACUUUCUGUCUCCCUUCCUUGGAACAGUUUCGUUGCCUGGGUUGUAUAAAAAAGUAAACUCUCACAUGGCUCACUGCUUUGCUGCUUCCUAGAAAGGGGAACUCUAAAAGGAAAGGUACACGGAGGAGCCGAGCAUCAGCUAUCACAUUUCUGAAGAUGAAAGCACUGUAGCUUAUUCAAAGAUGGAUUACAGCGUGUGGAUUCCCACUGCAAUACUGCAGGUGUUGUUCUGUGGAUUUGCAGCAGGUCAUAAUCUCUCAGGCCCUGAUAAUGUGACGGUAGUGAUUAAGGACGGCCAAGCAACAGUAUUCUGGGACCCCCCUGAAUGGGCCCCGUCACUUGCACAUUACCAAGUGGAGUUAAAAAGGUAUAGCCGUUCAGAUGACUGGAGCGCUGUGCCAGCAUGCAAUUCGACACGUCUCACCUGCUGUGACAUCUCUGACAUCAUCAGGCCUUUGGACUAUUAUUUUGUGCGGGUUCGACUUGUCACCGAGCACAUUGCCUCCCAGUGGACAAGGGGAAGAAGAAAAUUGUGCUUGGCAGAGAGUGAGCUGCUGCCUCCUGCCUUCAUCUUGCUGGCCAACUCAAGUUCACUGAGGGUCAAAGUUCACACCAACCCCACCCUGAAGAAGAUCUUCCUGUCUGGGCUGCUGUACAGAAUCUACCUGAAAGAGGUGGGACAGAAAAACCAGACGGCUAGCAUGGUUCUAACGGCGGAUAGCUACAACGAGGAUGAAAAAGAGGGGCUUUUCAACUACCUUCAGUGGGGUCACGAGUACUGCAUCAGUGGAACGGUGGAGGCCAUCACAAGAACCACCAUCAGCAAAGUCUCCACAGAGCACUGCAUCAUCCUGCCACGACCAGAGUGGUACAAAAUCCUGAUAAUGGGCUUGGUUGCACUGGCUCUCAUGGCAGUCCUGGGCCCUGUGGUCCUUCUGGUGCGGUGCAUGGCAAAGCCUCCUGAGAAGCUGCCCAUCACACUGACAUCGUCAGUGAGGGGUUGGCGUCCAUUGAGUGUCACAGAGACCCAAGUGGAGAGCGUGACAGACAAAGGAUGGCUGCUGAUGAGCAGACAGGUGCAGGGAAAGAGUGGAGAAAUGGAAGAGAAAUCCACCAUUACAACAGAGGAGAGGGACGGAGAAGACCGAAGGGACAGCACAGACAGUGGAGUGGGCAUGGGCCAGACAGAUGGAGAGCGAGGCCAAGGGGAGGCAGGGUGGCAGCAAGAGGACAGCGGCUGUGGAAGCCUGGGCUGCAGCAGCAGUGGUGGAUUUGAAGAGCCCCCCCUGCUGGAUGGGAGGAAUAACAGCUAUGGUAGCACACAAAUUGAGGACAGUGGAGCAGGGCUGGAGCACCACAAAGAUAGUGGGGUGGAGUGGGAGGAAUGUGGGAUGAUGACAUCUGCGCUGGUGGUAGUGGGGGAUGGGUACCGCCACCAGGCACCCACUUCUGUGGAGGUCUUGUCCUAUGAGCGCAAAGUGAAGGGAGAGGGAACACCAAGUGAGCAGGACAGAAGUUUAUUGGCUACCACAGAGUAUAGGCAGAGCCAAUAUCACACUUCCCCAACCACCCAGUUCCCUGAUGAUUUCCUAAUAAAGAACUUCAGCCUCCAAACUGCGGGAAUCCAAGUGCAAGAAGGCACACCAUUCCUUCUCCACCCUUCGAUCACAUGCUCCACUGAAUCUGCUGGCCUGAUCUUUGCACCACAACUCCCCUUGAUAAAGGAAGGACUAGAAUGCUACAUGAAGGCUCAUUCCCUCUCAUUACAGGAUGUGGAACUAACCUUUGGGUAGCCAACCACAUACUCCCCCAGGUGAAAGAAGCGAGGGUGUAUGAAUGCAGGAGGGUGCAGUUUUCAAAACCCCAAAGGUUUCAGGUGACGACAACGCACCUAAAGAAGUCUCGCUUUUUAUUCUCAACUCAGAGAUCACCUGGAAGUGGCACUUACCUAUUGCCUCCAAAAAUUCAUGUACUGAAAAGAUACACAGAAAAACGGAUGGGACUUGGUCUAAAUUUGAAACGCAUGUACAACCAGACAAAGAACAGACUGAGGAGAAUGGCUGAGAAAUUGACUGGCAGAAGUGCACAGAAAUAGAGACCCACACUGUUGAAUAAGACUUAGCAGGUGUUCUUUAGGGGCACAGCUGAAUAAAAGCCAGGAAAUGUUCUUUUGGGGCAGAGCCGAGUACAUGGGGAACCCCCACAAAUGCUUCCUCAUUUCCUUUUUUUCAACUGACAAGAAACAGCUUAGCAGACAUGAAACCACACAUGGCUGGUAAUACCCAAAGUUGAGGGCUUGAUGAAAGUCUUUGAGGCAAAAAUUGCUGGUCUGACAGACCUGCAAUGACAGCUGAAGAUGUGUUUUAUGUUUGCUACAUAGAGCGCCUCUGUUCUUGCUCUUGUGUCUUACUUGUGCCUUAUUUAACAUUUCACUCACUUCCCUUCUAUAUUUACUGUGAUUUUUACUUUAGUUCACAUAUAAAUGCAAUGAUCACUUUUUUCCAUACAAACACCUUAAGCUCAAUAAUCACCUAUAUUAAUAAAAAUGUGUUUCUUUUGGUAAAAAGUACAACCUGCACUUAUUUAGUUGAACUAGACGUGGACUAGGCUUAGUUCAAGACAAACUGCAGCUGAAUCCAGGCCUCAGUGUCAUACUGGAAUAGUGUUUAACUCGCAAGGUGUGCAUCCAUUUAAUGAGAUGUCUAACCAUUUAAAACAUCAAAAAGCAGUCAUUACUGAAUAACAUUUUUAGCGCUUAGCUAUCAAACUUUCAUGA